GCUAUGUGGUCAUCUGGUCACUGCAACGAAGAAUAGCUAGCCAGGGGAAAACCGUGGUUACCUUUUGUGGUGCACGGUACCUGAAAAGUUUGGUUUUUAGUGUAAACUUGCUUGUUGGGUAUAGCAGUGAGCUGUUGCUAGAAGAAACAUGGAGCAUUACAGUGAGUUUGGACAUGUCACCUGAAAACAGGACCUUACAGUUGGUGGGAUAUACACUGCGGAACAACAUUCAUCGCCUUGACAACAUAAACAGCUCUUAAGAAGUAUGGAUGAAGAAGACAGGAAGAAACUUGUGCGUAAUCGUGUUGCCAUCAUCGAAUCCUUGAUCGUGGAAGACGUCCGGGCAUUCCUGAUAGAAAAGGAGGUUUUCACAAGCGAUCAGUUUCAGCAGAUCACUCGGCAAACGACACGUAGACACAGAGCGGAAGAGUUGCUCGAUCUUCUUCCAACACGAGGACCAAAAGCGUUCCAAGUCUUCCGCAAAGCUUUAAGGCAGUGUAACUAUUCCUUCCUGGAUUCUCUACUUGAAAAGGGAGAACCAGAUGGCAAAGCUCAAUACACAGAAAGGCAUAAAAUGAUCCCAGAAAGUCUAGUGAACUCUUUGAAGAGUCUGACAGAGGAGAAUUCAAAGCUGAAAGCAGAACUGAAGUCUCUUAGAGCAGAGAACGCCCAGAAACAGAAGAAUAUUGACAGCUUGAAGAGACAGAACGAUUCUCGGGUUUUGAAGGAACACGUGCAGAAUGAAAAGACAAAGAAAGUGCAGGAAGAGUUAAAGACUUACAAAGAGAAAGUAAGAAUCAUGUCCUCUGUGACUACAGACAAACUUCUACGAGACCUUGAAAAAGAAAGAAAACAGAAAGAAACAUUCCUUAAAGAGAAAGAGGAAAUGAGCAAGAAGUUGAGAGAUAUCUGUAAGGGAUACGAAGGGUUGAGAAGGAAGGUGGAGGAAUGUAAGAAGAACCAUGGGAGGAAAAUCAUCCAUUUAGGGAGCAACAAGUUGGUUCAGAAUCCUGAAAAACCUCAGGUGAUCAAAGGCACGGGUGUGGUCACGUCUUCCAUGAAAGAUGGAGGAAAGGGAGGGCGUGGUCUUCAGAGGACGCAGACUAUGUACGCUGUCGGGUCUCCCGGUAGAGUGAGUCAAGAGGGCACGAGAUGUAACACCGCGCCAGUGAGAGACAAAGUCCAAGCUACUGGCCAAAACACGGUAUCCAAACCAGUUACUAAAACUAUUGUCGUACCCUCGUGGAAUGAAGUCUCCAAAGAAAAACAAACAAUUGCACAAAGUAGAAAGCCAGUGGCGAAAGUCGGAGACUCUUCAACAUUAAGUCCGAAAGGAGUGAAUGCUUCCACGCGUUCACCGACUCUUUCACAAAGAGGAACUGAAGAAACUCCUCCUAAGCAAGUAAAGAUCAAAUCUACAGUGAAAAGCACUGUGACUACACAAUUGGGUACGGAAAAAAUGCAGAAACUUGCUACUCAAGCUACACAAAGUGGGCUGCAAUUCUCCCCUACAAAACUGUCACCAAGCAGGCCCCCUACCGGCUCCAGCGGGUAUCGCUCUGAGUCCAGAAGCACGACUCGGACACACGAUACCGAAGACGCGUCGGAAGACACAAGGUCUACGACAAGACAGGGACUGCUUUCUAGAAGAGACAAGGCAUCUCCUAACAGAGUUUCAACGAGAAGGUCCUCAGGUUCAAGUGGAAGACAUUCAACAACUAAGGUUAAGAUACAGGUACCUUCUCCGGACCUGAGAGGUCCCAUAAGUAUUGAGUAUGAAAUUGCUAACGAGUCACAGUCUGUAGAUUCACAAAGUACAGAAGCAGAGGGAUAAUAACAGAUUCCUUUCCUUUAUUUUAUUGUAAAUAGUAUGCUGCAUCUUAAGUCAGGUUUGGAUAUAGGGCUGUGUCCAGCUUUAAUUUUUCUUCCGUCCAACUCACAGCUUGGAAGUCCAUGUUGUUAACAAAUUUUAGGGGAUGUAUGGGAUCAUACAAUUUUUGUCCAACACGAGUACAUUUUCAUUCCCUGCAUAGAGACACUCCUAUUUAUUAUCUUGACUCUAAUCACAAAGUUUGAAUUAUCAUGACUCCAUUUGUCCCAUGCAAAUCAUGCGACAUUAUUGCCUAAAUGUACAAAGAUGUUUUGGUUGUUGAUUUUUUGUUCCUGAUGUAAGUAGUACUACCUUUUAUCCACUGAGAAAUUAUGCUGUAUUCUAUGUAAUGAGAAAAGUUUUGAAAUCUGGUGUACAGAGAAUAUCAAUACUAUUUCCGAGAAAAAGCAGAUGAUCACACAAUGUAUUACAUAUGUCUGGCAAACAUACAAUGUAGCAUGUUUGUGUAUUUAUACUAUAUGAAGACAACUUAUUUCAACGAUAAUGGUAAAAUGUACAGAGAUAAUAAAUCUAAGAAACAAGUGAUCUGUGGAGAACACUGUUACUGUACAUACAUGUAUGUGUAAUAUGACAAAGAUAAAAAAUGUAUCUGCUGCAUUAUGUUUAUAUAUCUAUCAAAGAUUAAAACUAUGUUGUACCUCUAUACUCAAGAUAUUUUAUUCAUUGCGCUUAACUUAUAUGUAAGUUCUAAUACUGUGGCAGAGAUAACCCCUUGUAACCCCUUGUUUCUUUGGCAUUUAGUGCAUUACCUUUAGUCAGCAUUCAAGUGCCAGAGUUAUCAACCAGGAUUGAGUUAUUACAAAAUUCAUUAUUCUCCAGAAGUAUCAUAGAUCAUAAAACUCAUGGCCACCAAGUACAGAAGAGGCAUCCUCAUCUAAAUUCAACAACACUUAGAAGCCUGGUCUAGUCUCAUAUUCUCUCGCCAGAUCGAGACUAGACCAUUCUCCACGUCCAAGAUGUACUGGUAGACAUGGAAUAUUUGCAGGUACGUUCUGUAUAUACCUUUUAAAUAAACAAUCACUGUUAGAGGAAAAAUUGAUAGUAACUGUAAACAUACGUGACUGAUGAACCUCUUCAACAACAACACUUACAGUUUGAUAUGUGUAACAGUUAGGUGUGACAUGUCGUUCAGUGUAAUAUAACCAGAUGCUACUGCUAUGACCCAAGCCUGCCCAAAAGCUACACUGAAAGACGGUUAUACCGGCUAUAUACAGAUACAGAUAUUGCAAGAGUGCUGCUAGGGCAGCAUUUCAACUUAUUGGCAUCUCUGAGCAACUCUCCCCCCAGCAAAAUUUAGAUGUAAAAAGUUAAAGCAUAACAUACAGAAAAUACUAUAUGAUAUAGACAAUCCAUGAAAU